UCAACAGUGAGUUUGUUUGUUAAGUAGGCGUUCACUCAAUCAAUGGCUCAGUCUUUGACUAUUUGUAUAACUUUUGAUUCAAUCAAUGAUUGCUUUUAUUAAUUGAUUAUAAAUUCAACAAUUGUUUGAUUAUUUGAUUGAAAUCGUUAUCAUUUGGUUUAAUUUGAGACAAAUGAUCCGAUUCAUACUGAUCCAGAACAGGGCCGGUAAGACACGACUGGCCAAGUGGUACAUGAACUUUGAUGACGACGAAAAACAGAAACUCAUCGAAGAAGUUCACGCUGUGGUGACAGUCAGAGACGCCAAACACACUAAUUUUGUUGAGUUUCGUAACUUUAAAAUAGUUUAUCGUCGUUACGCUGGACUCUACUUCUGUAUUUGUGUUGAUGUCAAUGACAAUAAUUUGGUAUAUCUUGAAGCCAUUCACAACUUUGUCGAAGUUCUUAAUGAAUAUUUCCAUAAUGUCUGUGAAUUGGAUCUCGUCUUUAACUUUUAUAAAGUAUACAGUGUCGUCGAUGAGAUGUUCUUAGCCGGAGAAAUACGAGAGACGAGUCAGACUAAAGUGUUGAAACAAUUAUUGGUUUAUAAUUCACUCGAAUAGUUCAUUCAAAUUGUUUUUUAUUAUUAUAUAGUUUUCAUUAUAUUUAUAAUUUUUGUCUCAAUAUUUUAUUUUGAUAUUCGGUAUAUAUAUUGUAUAUAUACAGUAUAUUGAUCUAUUUAU